AUGCUGGCGGCCUACACGAGUCGCUCUGUGCGCGCUGUGCGAUGGCAGCCCCUGCGUAUGAUGUCAUCGCGUCUCCUAUCUACCAUGCAGCGUGAUCCAGACUCUGAGACAGGACUGUAUUAUCAUGCGAUCUCGCCACGGACAUGGGCCGUGUCGUUUCUGCCGACGCCGCCUGUGUCGCCCCACCAUGUGGCGGUGGUGGGCACUCUCGAGACGAGUGCCGAGCAUGAGGACCCGGCCUCGUUCUUGCGUGCACACCCUGACGAUGUGCGUAUGAACGCUGCGUUCUGGACCGCCUUGCAUGAUGUGUUGCGUGCACAAAUUCCCAAAGACGAACAGCUCGAUACCGAAGCGCACGUCCGGCAGGACGGGUGGGCGCACUUGUGCGAUGCCCGCGACGUUGCCAUGCCGGGGCGCGUUGCGUCGCCAGAUGACAUUUUCGGAUCGGUCGCCUUCACACAGGGUCGUCUCGAUCCGUCGACGUACGAGCCCAAUGCCAUGUACCGUUUCUGUGUGAAGCCGCUAGGCCCUAUGAAACUGCCUGCCUCAUGGCGCAAGGCACUGCAUGCCUACGUCGCAGACCGUACCUAA